GCAAGUUCUGAAUUGCGCAUCGACAGGUGCCAUGGGCUCCAUCCUUCGGAAGCUCAACGAGCUCCUGCUGCGUGCUGAUGAAGACGAGGCACAGACCAUCCGGCAGCUCAGGGACGGUGUUGCCACCAUAGGCACCAAGCUGGCGGAGCUAUCAGAGGUACACGACCCUCCACUCACUGUGACUUACUGGAUGAGAGACGCCCGAGAGUUGUCCUACGACAUGGAGGACUGUGUCGACCUGUUCGUCGUCCAUGCCAAUUCAGACGCCAGGAAGAAGACGGCAUGGGUCGACGAGGUCUCAGGAUUCAGGACUCGUGUGGAGGAGGUGAUGGAACGGUACCACAGGUUCAAUCUUGAACACGUCCUGAUCACAAGUCGUCCUCAAUUAGCUGCAACAAAAACUGCUGCAAGCCACCGUCUUCGGCAGCAAAUGGCCUCUGAUGAGGACCAUAAUACUGUCGCCCCUGUCGGCAUGGAAGGCCCAAGAGCUGAGAUUGUCACGUGGCUGAAGCCAAAGGGUGACGAUGAAAAAGAGCUGCAGCUCAAGGUUGUGUCCAUUCUUGGUGUCGAAGGAGUCGGCAAGAGCACGCUUGCCCAAGAACUAUGGCGUACUUUGGGGGAAGAUCAUCAGUUCGAAUGCCGCGCGUUCGUGAAGGCAUCGAAAAAGCCUAAUAUGAGGAUGAUUCUCAGAAGCAUACUCCUACAAGUCCGCCCAAACCAACAACUGCCGGAAGCUUGCCGAGUGCCAGACCUCAUUCACGAUAUCACCAAGCAUCUCCAAGAUAAGAGGUACUUCAUUAUAAUCGAUGACUUAUGGGCUGUAUCGGUAUGGGAUACAGUUAGCCGUGCUUUUCCGGAGGGUAAUUGUUGCAGCAGAAUAGUCACAACAACAACACUUAAGGAAGUAGCCCUGGCAUGUUGCAGUUAUGACCCUGAGAAUAUUUUCAAGAUGAAAUCGCUCAGUCAUGGUCACUCUACAGAGUUAUUUGUUACAACAGUUUUUGGCUCUGGAAAAGAAUGUCCACAAAAGUUUCAUGAUGUUUCAGAUGAGAUCACAGAAAAAUGUGGUGGUUUACCCCUAGCCAUUAUCUGCAUAGCUACACUUGUAUCAAGCAAACCGGAAGCAGGACAUCAAUGGGAAUACAUACAGAACUUUCUGCUUGAAAAUUUGAGAACAAAUCCAACUUCAGUGGAAAUUCUGAAGCAAGUACUGAAUCUCUGCUACAGUAGUCUCCCUCAUUGUUUGAAGACAUGUCUUCUGUAUCUUAGUGUAUACCCUGAGAACUACUUUAUUCUGAAGGAAGAUUUAGUGAAGCAGUGGAUAGCCGAAGAUUUUAUCUGUGCAAAGGAAGAGGAUGACAUUGUAGAAGUUGCCAGCAGCUAUUUCGAUGAGCUCGUAAGUUUGGGCCUGAUCCAACGGAUGGAUAUCAACCGUAACAAAAAGGGGUUGCACUAUGUAGUGCACCCUACGGUAUUUGAGUUUAUAACAUGCAAGUCCAUGGAAGAUAAUUUCAUCACUGUCAUCGAUUAUUCUCAGUCGACAGUAGCACUCACUGAAAAGAUUCGCCGGCUGUCACUCCACUUCGGCAGUGCAACAUAUGCAACUAUACCGGAAAGUAUGGCAAGAUCUGAAAUUCGAUCACUCAGUUUUAUGGGACUAUUGAACUGCAUGCCUUCACUUGCGAAUUUUAAGCUUGUUCGUGUUAUGAUCUUACAUGUCCUGGUUGAUAAUGGAGAGAAAAGUUUCCCCCUCACGGGAAUAGGUGGACUGCUGUUCUUGAGAUACUUGCAGGUCAGAUGCAACGUCACUGUACAAUUGCCGGAGGAGAUCGGAUGCCUGAAACACUUGGAAACACUGGAAAUACAAAGGGUAGCAGCUGUUCCAUCAGAAAUUGUCUGUCUUGCAAGCUUCAAGAUGAAAAGGUUUGAUCGAGUUGAUGGAGAAUAUGAUCCUUUAAAGAAGAACUGGAUCCAUGAGAUGAGGCUUUCAAAUGAGCGAGAUGAUGUCGUGAAGAUACUACAUGCAGUCAGCAAGGAAGACUUGUCAAAUGAUCAACCUGCAGGAGUUGUAGGAAAAAUGCUAGGGGAUGAUGACUUGUCAAAUGAUCAACGUGGAGGAGUUCUAGGAAAAAUGCCAUGGGAAGAUGACUUGCCAAAUGAUCAACCUGCAGGAGCUCUAGGAAAUAUGCCAGGGGAUGAUGCCUUGUCAAAUGGUCAACCUGGAGGAGUUGUAGGAAAAAUGCCAGGGGAUGAUGACUUGUCAAAUGAUCAACGUGGAGGAGUUCUAGGAAAAAUGCCAUGUGAAGAUGACUUAUCAAAUGAUCAACCUCGAGGAGUUCUAGGAAAAAUGAUAUCGGAAGAUGACUUGCCAAAUGACCAAUCUGCAGGAGUUCUAGGGAAAAUGCCAUGGGAAGAUGACAUAUCAAAUGGUCAACCUGGAGGAGUUCUAGGAAACAUGGAGGGGGAACAUAUGAAUAAAUAUGAUGCAUAUACCAGGUGUGCUUUGUGA